GGCAAAGGAGUUCUAACAAUUCUGUGGCUGGGAUCCAUAAGGCUUGUGAGAGUUCAAGGGUUGGAUUUUCAACGCCCCUUGAUUUCACGUUUUGAGACUUUUCACUGCACUCUGGAUAUGACCAGCUAAAACAAGAUGCAUGGACCAAAGGAAAUUUCAUAUACCCUCAAGAUUUUAAUAUUUGUUAUAAUCGUCCUUGGAGAAAUCCUCAAUGUUAGUGCUCAGAACUCCUCAGUGGCUGUGACCAACAGCCCUACUUCCAAGAAACAGAAGAUCAUUUACCUUGAUGGCAGGGCUUUCGUUCAGUUCAGUUUCAACCGCCUUCCUACACAGUACUUACUGCCUGCAGAAGUGGAGCAGUUUCAGAUCUUCUUCAUCACUGACCAGCCUGAGGGCCUCAUGUGGUACCAGGAAGAUCCAGAGCGAAUUACGUUCUUAGCAAUCAAGAAUGGAUACAUUCUUUUCGUCAAUAAAUACACUACUGGAAGUAGGUCAGAUGAAGUGACCAUUGGCAAGGAUCUAAGCAUUCGCUUUGAUGACAACAAAUGGCAUGACCUGAUCAUUGAUCGUCGGGGGAAGAGAAUCACCAUUACUGUGGAUAAUAAGUACCGUGCGAGGUACACCUUCUCAGGGUUUGCUCAGUUCCUGACACAGGCCGAUGUCUCAAUUGGCGGAGCGCACAAUGUUGGUGAAGUUACCGAAGGACGUGUGUUUUCCAAUUUCAAGGGAGGUUUAGGUCAGUGUUUGUACAAAACUGAAGUACGAGAUGGGUACAAAGACAUCAGGAAUGAAGUCAGCCUGAUUGCUGAAGUUUCAGAUGAGAAAGAAGGUAUAAUCAUCAGAGAAAUUGAUUGGUUUCCCACUGACGUGGUCAAUUUUCCAACUACCCCUCGACCAGUACCCACUCUUACUGCAGUGACCAUCAGAGAUGAGGGAGUUCAUUUUGUUUUACCUGAGACAUUUGAACCUCGGCCCACUGGUACCCUAGCUUUCAAAUUCCAAACUGUGAAGCCGAACUGCUUGAUUCUCUUUUCUUCGAACCCCACGGGCUCUAAGUUUAUGGCCCUGGAGCUCUACGAUGGGAACCUGUACCUAGUGAACAGGUUUGGUCAACAGGCUAUUCGCACUUUACUGUUGGAGGAUGCUGCCAAUGGGAAACCUCAUGAGGUUUCUCUUGGAUUUGGUGUGCGACGCAUCACGGCCACAACUGAUAGGAACACAGAGAGGAUCCGACUGCCUGUAUCAGACACACUUCCGCAGACUUUAGGUCCCUUGUAUGUGGGUGCCAUGCCUAAGAUGGACAGUCUGCCCUGGUAUACUUGGGCUCGCACUGGAUUCCAAGGAUGUAUUGAGGACCUGAAAUUAAAUGGAACCAUCAUUGACCUUCAACCUUUUCUCCAAAACCAGCAAUUGUCUGGGCGUGUGGAUCCAACCUGCACAGACAUGCCACAGCAAUGCUCAGAAGAUUUCAAACCGUGCGCCAAUGGCCAGUGCGUUACCUACUGGGGAACUUAUUUCUGUGACUGCAAGUACACGGAUUACUCUGGAAAGCUUUGUGAGAUCCCGGCUUGGACAGGGGUCUAUGAUGGAAGUACUUACAACAACUUGAACUUCAGGCCUCAGCAGAGCUUUCACCAUGAUGACAUCUCCUUCAGAUUCCAGACCAUGGCCUCAGAUGGACUUAUCUUUCAGACUCAUGCCCGCGAUGAUGAAGGGUACAUGAGAGCAGAGUUGGAUGAUGGACGCAUGAAAGUGUCCACUAAUUUUGGUGGACAGGAAGAGGAUGUCUACAUUGGAAGCAACUUAAAUGAUCGCAACUGGCAUACCGUUUACAUCCAGCGCCGCGGUGGCUCUUUAUGGGUGUGGCUAGAUGAGAAUAUAAACCAAGCAAAGGUUCUGCCCGGGUCAGGUUACUACCAUCUCGUAGAUGAUAUUGUUGUGGGAGGCUAUGAUGAUGAAAACUGGGUGGCCACCUAUGGAGAUCCGGAGUACUUCAUCGGAUACAUCCGUAACUUCAUGAUGGGAGGUUACAACAUUUUGGAAGAAGUCAAAAGUAGCGGAGGAAUCAACUUUUACCAGGAGCCCAACAUCCCACCUCUAAUCUUCCAAGACGUGACUUUCCCCACCUACGACACUCAUCUGGUUCUGCCUUCCCUUGGGGUUGUGUCUGGAAUAGAUAUCAACUUCUUAUUCCGGACUUUUGAUGAGAAUGGAAUUCUUCUUCUUAGUAUUAAACCUUCCGGCAACAUGUUUGUUGUGGAGCUUUUCCGAGGGAGACUUAUUGUCAAGUUCCGAAACCCGGGCAAAGCCCCAGUGGAAGUGAUCACCCCUGAUGGCUACAAGUACAAUGAUGGAAACUGGCACUCUCUGUCUCUGAAGGGGGAGCUCGUCUCUAACAAGAAGCAGCUUGUUGUCAACGUAGAUAGACUUAGCUCUGUCCAUACUUAUCUGGGUAUGGACCGGAUGAAGCUUGAUGGUCCACUUUAUGUUGGCGGAGCACCAGACAACGUCAUUGAGAACCCAAACCUGCAAGGGUUCAUAUCAUCAAGGAAUGGCUUCAGGGGUUGCCUGGCUUCUUUUGAUGUAGCCUCAUCCAUUUACGAUCUCUUUGAUUAUGGCCAAACUCAAGGGGUUAACAUCUUGGAUGCUUGCCAAGAAAUCAAAAGCAAAUGCACUGAAGACACCUGUAAAAAUGGCGGGAUCUGCCAUGACAAUCUCAACAAUGGAACCACUUGGUGUGACUGCUCCAAAACGGCUUUUGGAGGGCCCCUCUGUGCGGACGAGCCCCUGGGCUACUACUUCCGCAGUCUCGGUGACCCUGACCUCUAUGGAGCCAUGCUCUACAAUUAUCCCCCCGGCGAGCAGAAGAACAGCAACCAGGAUGAAAUCAUCAUGGGCGUCAUGACAGACGAAAAGAACGCUGUGCUCACCCGACUGGCCUCUUCCAAUUUGAACGAUUACGUCGAGCUGAAAUUGGUGAAUGGCUAUGUGGUUGCAACAUAUGACACCAACGGUCAAGGGUCAUCCACCACUAUUACCAAUGGAGAUGUGAUGGUGAGUGACGGGAACUACCACAUCGUGCGGUUUUUGCGCCAGUCAGAUAAAGCGAACCUCACCGUGGACAGCACAUCGGCUAACAUCAACCAUCUCAGCAAUCAUGACAACUUCAAUCGCUUGGGUAAUGUUUAUGUGGGUGGACUGUACAAAGAUAAUAAGAUGAUAAAUGGCACAGGAUUCAGAGGAAUCAUUGGCGGCCUGUAUGUAAAUGGACACCUAAUUCUUCCCGAUGCCAGCAGAGGCAAAAACACAGAUAUCUUCUCGGAUGCUGUUGUUGCCCCGCACCCUUUCCAGCUGGGUCCCCUGAAAACAACAGAAAAGCCCAACUGGGUGACAGAGCCACCAAUUGUUGGUCCAACGCCGGACAAAAAGCCGUUUGAUGUGAUCCCGGUGCUGCCCCCAGGUGUCGGUGGCGGUGGUUUGGCUUUCGGCGUGGGUGGUGGCCCAGUGGACAUUGUCGUGUACCCCGGAGGUAGUGGGGGUACAGCGGUGGGUGCUCCUGCAGCUGCCUUUCCCUUAGACGGCUCUGCGGCAUCUGCGGCUCGUGCCUCACUGUCUGUGAUUCCCCUCUUGCCUGCCAAAGGCCCUCGUGCAGGGGCCCUUAUGGGCAUCAUUUUGGGCAUCAUGGCCGCGAUCAGCAGCCUUAUAUGGGCCUUUUACUUGUGCAAACCAGGGUGUUGUUUUGGAGGAUCUGAGGCCCCACUCACAAUCUCGGAGCCCAAUGCAGACGCUUCAGCACCCUUCCUAGAUGCUAUACCCUUGGCUGAUGUUGGGGAUACUGGCAAGUUUCCUCUGCUUGCUGGUGAUGCUGGAGCAGGAGGCGGAGGUGGAGGUGGAGGAGGUGUGGACUUGGUGGAUUCUGGCUUAGUUAAAGGCGGAUAUGGCGGUUCACAUACUCUGAACGCGACACGCUCUCACCUAGCAUCCACCGCUUCCGCCGGCGCCUUCUCUGUGAAUGACCAUCAGAUCGGAGUCCUCAGCCCCACAUCUCUACAGUCCUACCACUUUGAAGGUGGUGACAGUGCCACGGCAGACUACGACAUUGCUAUAGGAGUCCACCACCCGAACUACAAGAGCAGCACUUUACCCGUUGGUCGUGGGGGAAUGGGCAGUGGUCACUCAACUUCCACACUGGCAUCCAACUACAACUACACGGUGAAGACCGCGCGCUCACUUGGCGCCUACAGUCACACCAUGGGCUAUGCAAGCAGCACACCCCAGAUCAUCGUGACCCCAGGUCCCAUGGGUGAGGAGGUCCGCGUGGACUGCUGCCUUAUGACUGGGAAUGGGCAGAGUGUGGUUACUGGGUCCAGCCUUGGGCCGCCUCAGGUUUGGAACAUGACGAAUGACAGAUUUGUGAUAGCUGGCUACUCCAACUCUCUUGACAACCAGGCUGAGUUUGUCGUCUUUGACAUGACUUUGACCUCCUAUAGCAUCAAUGACCCCACAAUCAUGCGAAUGGAUGCCGUACCGGAGUGCACAGCUGUGUUGCCUCAUGAUGAGGCGGUCACUGGUCUCAGGAAUGGUGAACUGGUCAUCUGGAGUCUCCGCGGUGCCCAGACGACUCGCUUCCUGGUGUCCCACAACAGCAAAACUGCUCACGCCCGAGAGGUGAAGGCCGUGGCGAGGUCGGAGAACAACCACUACCUGGUCUCUGCAUCUGCCGACGGGACGCUCAAACUGUGGGACCUCCACUCGGAGAGACUGCUGGCUACACUUAGUGGGCACACUGAUGAGGUGUGGUGCACAGCCAUCUCAGCAGACAACGAAGUCAUCGUAUCGGGCUCCCGUGACGGCAACAUUCGCCUGUGGAAGCUGCGGACAGCCCAGGAGAUCUGUGCCUUCAACGCCGGCGUGGACGUCUUCUACAUCACCAUGAGCCAGGACAAGAGCACCAUCGUUGCCCUGGGAGACAAAUACGGCGCUCGCAAACUCAUCAUGUUGCAGGUGGUCAGGUCAAAGAUCAAGAAACAGGUCCUGGUUUGAGGCGUUGAGCUUUUAGUCCCUCUGUCUUAAAGCACGUAUUGUUGUGCGAUACCUGUGCUCUAUCAUAUUGGCUCUAGCAAUUGUAGCAGUUUUUAUAUAAAAUUAAUUACUAUAUUGUUAGUUUGACCAAAUAUCUCAUGGUGUUACCAUUUUGGUUCUUGUUGAUCGUAAAAUUUUACUUACUUCUUUUAGAGUUAAACAAAAUUUCUAUGACUAUAUCCAGUAGUCCUGAUUCUUAAGACUGCUACAAGGGGCCAGUUCAUUUUGGUAUGUCAGACUAUGCUACUUCCUUGUUUUCAUACCAUGUGUGUGAUUGAAUCAAAAAAUUGUUUUAUUUGUGUUGUGUUGCUGUGCCGAAUGGAAGUAAAAAAGGGUGGAGCAGUGGAAACAAUUUUUUAAACUAGUAAUCCUUGAUCCAAGCCUAACUCUGGGCUAUUUAUUGGUGUUUUAAUAUUUUACACCUGAAAAGCCCCUGGAAAGAAAAAUAAUUAUUGAUGUAAGUCGCUUUUUGUUUUUAUCGGUUGAAGUGCAGUUUGAGAUUUUUUUCUGGCUUGACUUUUCCUGUUUAAAACUACCAUUUUUUUGGUAUUUAAGUAUGGCAUUUCUGAUCUCCUUUGAAUAUAUUAUUUCUUUGAAGUGAUGAUGCAUUGGUUAGAAGAUUUUGUAAAUCAUUUUUCAGAGAUCAGUUUUUAAAAAUGUUAUCCAUUACUCCCCCAGUUGUCAUAUAGAGUUUCAGAAUUUCUUACCUUUUUUUGUCAUGAGCAUCAUGAUUGUAAUCGUUGGCUUUGUAAUUGUUGGGAGAUUCUGGUAUUUGUGUGUAUGCUAGGGUAGAAAAGAACAAUUUUGUAUAGAACAAACAGUAAGGUUCAAGGUAAGCUAGUACUUAAGUUAUGUAACUACCUUUCUGAUGCAAUGUGGAUGUAGU